AGAAAUUAUAUAUAUAUAUAAAAAAAGAUUAAAUCAUUUUCUCCCAAAGUCCCCAUCUUCAAAAAAAAUCUUUUCUUUUGGGUUAUUGAUUUAAGGUUAUUCUUAAUCAAUCCAAAACCCAAAUCCUAAUUCUCAAAACAGAGAUUCACUGUUCAUAUUUCGGCUCCUCAUGUUUUUAAAGAUCCCCCAAUUUUCCCUUUCUCCUUUAAAACCCCAAUUCAAAUUCGAAGUAAAAAUCCUCUGUUUUUCCUUGUUGGGUUUUUUCGAUUUUUACUAAAGAUUUUGCAUGUGCUCGUUAAAAGUGGCGAAUCGGCGAGGAAUUGGAAGUGACUUGGCACAAUUUCCAAGUGGCGGCGCCGGAGAUGGCGACGGCGACACCAGUGGCGGCGACGACCGUCAUAGAUUAUUAUAUGGUCAACGUGAUGACGGCGAUUAUUACUCUGCCGUUGGAGAAGUGUCCACAAUUGUGUCGACGUUAACUAAUGUCAUGUCCGGGCAGCAGGCUAGCGAUUGGGGCUACGGCGGCGGGCAGGGUUUCACGACCGGAUUUGUUUCUUCUUCUUCUUCUUCGUCGUCGUCGUCGACAUCAGCAUCGGCAUCGGCGUCGGGUUCUUCUCCGAUGUCGUCGGCUUAUUCGUCGGGUUCGGAACGGAGCUAUGUUCCGGCGAUGAGUUAUUGGGUUGGGCAAAAACGAAUGCGUGAAGAAGAAAUCAGUAUUCAAACACAGCCUGAUUUUAAUUCUGUUUCGAGGGGUUUUAGUUUCAGCGGUUUUGAUGACCAUUUUUCUCAUUCUCAAGGACAAUCUUCCUCCCUUGUUACUACUUCAGUGAAAGAAGAGAUUCCACUUCCACAAACGGCGGUUUCAAAUCCCGCCGCGGCCUUCGCAGCCUCAUCGAUGAACUCCAUCGACGCAGUGGCUGCCAGCGAGAGAAGACGACGAUAUAGAGGAGUACGACAGCGGCCAUGGGGGAAAUGGGCAGCGGAGAUUCGCGAUCCCCACAAGGCGGCGAGAGUUUGGCUCGGCACCUUCGAUACGGCGGAGGCCGCCGCCCGAGCCUACGACGAAGCAGCCCUCAGAUUCAGAGGAAAUAGAGCAAAACUCAAUUUCCCCGAAAAUGUCAGAUUAAUUCCACCGCCGCAACACAUUCCGGCCGCCGCUUCAUCCACCGGCCCCCAAUUUGUUCCGCCGCAGACGGCGGCGUUUCAGACCCAAACUUAUCGGGAUUACAUUGAAUACUCCAAUUUGCUUCAGACCUCCGGCGAAAUCCUCGGGCAGCCUUCGAGUUUACUGCAGCAAAUGUUUUAUAAUGCUCACUUGGCUCCAUUUCAAUCCUCUUCAUCGCCGGUUACGGUGCCGGCGACGGCGACGGCGCCGUCGAUGUCCUCUGUUUCGAAUUCUGUUUUCUUGCGUCCGACGAUGCAACAGCAGCAAAUGGGGUUUUUCCGACAGCCGCCGCAAAAUCAAAACCAGGGUGGCUCCGAUUACUUUCCGGCUACGUCGUGGAAUGAUUCUGGCGGCCAAUAUCCUUCUUCGUCCUCCGGUUGAUUAUACGAUUUUUGUUUUCCUUUUUUAGAAGUAAAAUAAUAAAAGCAUUUUUAUUUUGGUUAUUAUUAUUAUUUCUUUUUUGCUCAAGAGUAGAUCAAUUCAUUUUUCAGUUCUUA